UCAAACUCCAAAACAAUUUCCUUAAAUUGAAACUUAAUGACAGUAAAGAGGAAACAAGUGAGUAAAAUAUUGACACAUUAGCCAGGAUGUGCACUAAACUGCAGAAGCUGCAUGUCUGUGCAUAUUUCACAAGACAUGGAUGGCAGGACUGAUUGUUGAAUGCGGAUGCCUCUAGAAGUGCACUAUCCAGGUAGUGUUUACAUACUGCAGGCCGGCCUACCUGGCUGGCACUGACGUAACUUCACCAGCUGAUCCCUGUACCUGGAACCGGGAAUGCUACCUGCAGUUUGACAUACUUUUUUUCUUCCUAUAACAUACUUUUUGUGUUUGUGUUCAGAUGGUGAUGUUUUUCAUCAAGAGUAAGACAGGAAAUAAACGUGAUACCUUUAAGCUUGUAAACAGACAGUGAACGAACAAGUGUGGGGAAAAGUCAUGGAAAAGUACCAUAAAACUUAAUCCCAUGUCAUUAUAAUAUGAGGAAAUACACUUUGGAACAUUUUAGGGCCGUUACCAGCAACCAAGGUGUGAUGGUUGAAGCGUGAAGAUGUUGGGAGACCCCGACUACCUGGCGGCCAUCUUGAUCUUAACCCUCAUCCAGGGCCUCGGUUGUGUCACAGGAGAGUCUGUGAGCGCUUGUUUCCGUGACAACGAGAAGGCACUACAGAUCAGCUGCGGCUCGGGAUACAUGGUUCGCAUCACUGGCACAUUCUAUGGCUACAGCUACACUAACACAUGCUCCUUCCGGCCUGGUGACUGCACCCAGGCAAAGCACACCACGUACCCAUGCACUGGUUACGACUCGUGCACCAUCAGCUUACCGACCGCGGGCGUUGGCAAGCGACUCACAGAGUGUGAUAACUACAGCACCUACUUCCAGGUGGAAUAUACAUGUGAACCAGUGACUCAGACAACGGACAUAUGCAGACAAACCACACUGACAUCCCAGCGUGGGUACAUCUCGACACCCCACUACCCAGGGAACUACCGGGACAACACCGGCUGUGAGACCAACAUUAAGGUCGAUCCCUCGCAGCAGAUCAACCUCACAGUCAUUGACAUGGAUCUUGAGAUCAACGGCACGUACGGCUGUCAUGACUGGAUGUACGCCUAUAACCAGCACCGUAGCGUGACACUGUGUGGUCGCCGUAGCAACGAGAAGCUGGUCACCCUCCAGAGUAACGAGAUCACUAUCACGUUCCAGAGUGAUGUUCGCACAAACAAGAAGGGUUUCUGGAUAUACUAUGAAGCCUGGCCCCCACUUGUAGUGACACGGCCCCCCACAAUGCGGCCGAUGACCCAUGUGCCCUCCCACAGCCCGGAUGAGACAACCAGCACACCAGGCCCAGUGCAGGGUAUCAGCAGUAGUACAGCAUCACAGAACCACACACCAGCAGCAAAGAAGGAAAAACUACCAUUUGUUGCAAUAGUGUCUGGUGUGAUAGGCACGCUCACAUUCAUCCUCAUAGUGCUACUGGUCAUCCUUGUGUACCGGUGGUUGCAAGAUAAGCGGGACGCCGCAUACAAGCACAAGGCCCCUGACAUAGAGUACCUCGACGCCCGCAACCCUGCAUACCGCAGCAGCACAGGCACUGAGUUUGGUGGGAUAGAAAUCUACUAUAACCGUUAGCCGCAGUCGCCUUACAUAAAGUGUAAAUUAGAGGAGCUACAGAUCUUCACAUAAUGACAGUUUUCUUGAAGAGAGAUUUACUGACAUAUGGGGAUUUGUGACAGACUUCGGGGAUAAAGACAAGGAAUAUUCUCACUGGUUGCUGUGAGACUGUGUUCUGAAAGACAUUAAUGCUACAGUUGUGAUAUGGAUAGAAACUUUCAGGAAAGCAUUAUGAGCUGUUCUAUGUGUUACGUUGAGUGUUUUGUCACAGUACAAUGUUUGUGACCCCCUUCAGGGGAGGCAAUAUCUCAACUAGUCAAUACAGAGUUACGUGGCUUACCCAGCCAGCACAGGGGACUAAAGGAACUACACAGCAAGCGACAGAAGUGCUUCAUUCAAUCUGUGAUCGUCACCUAUCAGGGACUAAGAGUGAUGUUUGAGGUGUGGGCAUUCCCCACUGUACGCGUGGGAACCCAAGGGGCUUAGCCAAUCCGAGGUGUAUACAUGUUUGGCAAAUAAUUGGUAUUUUAUUUCAUGUUUGGUUACACAAUGGAACCAGAUGAGUGAACUGAAACUGGCACUAUGAUGGAGCUACACUAGUGUCAUAGAAAUCCAAACUCACCUGUGAUAGAAUUGAUACAGUAUAAGGAGAGUACUAAAAUGGCAUUGUGCUGUCCCCUACCUGCCUUCAGGUCCGCUUCUUCCAGCUCAUAGCAAUUUAUUUAUUAUAUUCUUUAGACGCCGUAAUGUUUACGAAAAACGCAAAGAGAUGCAAAAGACAUCAUAUGAUUUGGUAGGGUAUUAAAACGGCUACCCAUUUGCAAUGUGCACUUGUUAUCCCUGGAUGAUAGGGUAUAUAUUACAAAAAUGAGCACCAUGGCAUACAUCUGACCAUGUCCAAUGUUCUAUUCUGCAAACUUACUUUGUGACAUUUUGAGUUGCUGAGCAACUGUGCCAUUCUGUUUCACUCUCUGCAGGCCAAACCCUACCCUAAUCUGUAUAUAUCUCCAGACAUAGACAAUUGUGUUCUCGCCACAAAAGUGCAAUAUGAAUGUAAAUACUGGUCAUUCUGUAAAUAGUCAGGCAAAGAGUGUAUAUAAUCAGCAUCGGUAAUUUUAUUCAUAACUUAUUACUGCAUAAUUAUAUUGUGCCUAUGAUGUUUGUCAUUCUUUAAAUUUUGUGUUGCUUUGUUGUUGUUUUUAUUAUUCGUAUAUGUUUCCUGUAUAUGUUCCUUUCAAUGAAAGACAAAAAAACAAAAGUCUAAGUUUUCUAAUAACAUCAAGUAAAAAUUAUAGAAAUCAUAUAUCUUCACCUUAAUGCAUGAACUCAUUAACUGCUUCUAUUUCUAUAUGCAAUUUUGGAGUUACUGCACUAGGGUGACAAAUUAUCAUAUAUAUUGUGAAACAAAAAAUGAUUGAGGGAAAUAGUUAUUGUUCACCUUUUCAUUAAAUUAAGAAUUCUAUAACAAAGGUGUGAUACUUUUUAAGUCAAUAAAUUAAACCAGGAAUAUAUAUUUAUGUAUUUAAUUAUUGGUAUGUAAUGUUUUGUGCUAUUUUCAGAAGUGUUUGUUAUAAAUGUGAUAGAAAUACAAUCAGUAAAUCA